AAUAAUAAUAAUAAAAGGGAUUGGCAGACUAUGUUCACAAAAGCAAGGAACCGUUACUUCUAGCGGUGAGGAAUGAAGGAAUACUUCGUGUAGAGGAAGAACAGACUGCUAGGGUCUUAAAAGAAAAGCUCAAAGAAAAAAGACAAGAGGAUUGGAAGACUAAGCCAUUACAUGGUCAGUUUCUUAGACAGACGGAAGAAAUAAGGGAUGAGUCAUCGUGGGACUGGAUGACAAAAGGAAACUUGAAGAAAGAGACAGAAGGACUGAUCACAGCAGCUCAAGACCGGGCGCUGAGAACGAAUGCAGUAAAGGCGAAAACAGAAAAACAACAGAUAUCUCCCUUAUGCAGAAUGUGUGGCUUGAAAGAUGAAACGGUGAAUCACUUACUGUGUGAAUGUAGCAAGAUGGCACAGAGCCAGUAUAAACACCGACACGGCAACAUGGUCAGCAUUGUGCACUGGGCAAUUGCGAAAGAACUUGGAUUUGAGGUUAAAGAAAAAUGGUAUGAACACGAGCUAUUACCAGUCAUCGAAAAACCUGACCUAAAAAUACUGUGGGGUGUUACCAUCCAAACAGAUAGGGAAAUCCAAGCACAAAGACCUGACAUCGUAAUAGUGAACAGAAAAGAAGGUGAAUGCAUAGUAAUUGAUAUUGCUGUGCCAGGAGAUGCUAAUGUCGGCGAAAAGGUUAAACUUGACAAAGCAUUUAAGUUCGAUUGGCUUAAAGACAAGGAUCGAGUUACUCCGGAAAGGAGCUCUCCUCAGAUCAGUGCAGCUACUAAGACAGGUGCUCAAGGUCUGAGGUCGUGGGAUACGACUUGACCUCGAUACAUAACCUACCAGCUGUUAACAGCUGUGAUCGAAUAUGUACAUAAAAAUAAUAAUAAUAAUAAUAAUAAUAAUAAUAAUAAUAAUAAUAAUAAUAAUAAUAAUAAUAAUAAUAAUAAUAAUAAUAUAAAUGACAGUGUGUAAAAUAAGGUCAAUAUAAGAAGUGACAAGGCUUUUACCUGGCUAUUGUCCAUUGUAAAUCGAUUGUAGCCUGUUUAGCUCACUUAAUGCGCAACAUCAUAUGGAAAACUGAUAAGUAUAAGUUAUGUCUCUCCGCAAAUUUAGAGAAAAAGCAUCAGUUAUUUUUGGAAAUAUACUGGAAAGUUCUUAAAAUACUGGUCGGUUCAUAUAUUAAAUAACUUUAAAUCGGUUACCGUUAAAUAAAAUAAACCAGUAGCCCAUCAAACACGGAUGAUUAAAUAUCAUCCCCAAAAAAGAUGAAUGAAAUCGGACGAGAUUUGAGACUUCUAGAGGUCAAUUUUAUUUGACCUCUGAGUAAAAUAAAAAAUGCUAUAAAGAAUUACUAAUGAGCCUCCUUAAACGAAGUCUGUCUGUCU